UAAAGACAUACAUCACGUAUAUACAGUAAUUCAUAAGGAAGAACCCUUUCUGACUUGUAACGCACCACCAUGACUGAAAAAGAAGUUGACUUAGUGAUGAGAGAUCCAAAUGAUCUUAACAAACAUGUCAGGGUUAACUUUGAGGAUGUUUUGGGGGAACCAGAUGGAGCACACAGUAUUGACUGCGUAUGGAGCCUCAGCAACAAAUGUUUUAACGGAGGAAAGAACUGUUGUUACAAGCUGCUAACAACUCUUUGUGGACUCUGUAUAGCUUUGUACUGGGGAUGCAUGUUUGCACAGAUCACAUUUGAUCAAGUUUGGUGCGUAACACCUGGGUUACGAACAUGUUCAAUUUAUGCAGGUUGUUGCCAGAAAUUUAUUGGCAUUUUUGUACAAUGUUGCUUAGCACCAAUAUGCGAGACAUGUGGAUUAAUUUUCAGCAAAAUAAGUAUGUCGAAAAAUUGAUGAGACGGUUGGACUGGUAUAACGUCUUGGUAGCUGAAUACUGUGAUAUUUUGAACAAUCAAACACUAGUUGUUUUGCUUUAUUUAUUAAAAUAAACUAUUCUGAAUCAU